AUGGCGCCUUGGGCACUGAUUGAGGACGAAAUACAAGAUGAAACUUUUGUCAGGCAGGGCGAGGAAUGGGAUUGGGGAUGGCAACAGCUAUUUGCCAAGCAGACGAUAAUGUGGGUGGCUUGGUUUCCCAGACCGUUGUCCCGAUGUGCCUUCAAGCACAAGGGUUGCAGAGUUUGCGCGAAUCUCAGAGGUUAUCUGUAUGUCCAUUGCUGGCACAGGCUCACUAUCAUGACCCGCUUCUGUGUCGGUGCGGAAUCUAUGAUCACUAUUGGUAUGUUUCUUGUGUACACUGCCUGCAGGAUCCACAUAUUGUGA